GUAAACGCGCUGUUCGCCUAGUUUGAGCCUCACCGACUACCGUACUAUGACCAGCCAGUGAGGAGUGCCUGCCAACCCACCGAUAGGAGUGUGUGUGUGUCCGGUGUGUGUGUCCGGUGUGUAGCAUGAAGGAGAAGUCCGAGAGUGUAUUUACUUAACCGCAGCAAUGACCAAACACACUCCGUCACUUCUCAACAGCAGAUAGCGAGACAGCGACGUUUAACCGACGGUAGUACAGAGUCAACACUCUACUUCACUACCGCUGUUGUCUCUCUCCAGUACUAUGUUGCUGGUGGGAACAGCUCGGUCCUAGUAGUAUCCUCCUUUAACCUGCGUGUCUUACUGCGUCAGUGACCGUGAUGCGUUUCAACGAGAAGGAGCUGAUGUCUCUGAGCAGACAGCCCUCGGAGAUGGCAGCCGAGCUGGGGAUGCGAGGACCCAAGAAAGGAGACGUUGUGAAGAAGAGGCUGGUGAAACUCAUCGUUAACUUCCUGUUUUAUUUCCGAACUGAUGAGGAAGAGCCAAUUGGAGCUUUGCUGCUGGAGCAGUGUCGGGUGGACAGGGAGGACCUCCAGACCUUCUCUAUUACAUUUCUGGAUGAAGCGGAGAGGAAGUAUAUGUUUGAGUGUGACUCAGAGGAGCAGUGUGGGGAGUGGGUAGACUCCAUUAUCAAGGCCAGUUACGAGUUCAUGAGGAAGAACCUGAUAUUCUAUCGAACUGAAAUCCACAGACUCACUGGCAAGGACCCCUUGGAGCAGUACGGUAUAUCAGAUGAAACUCGCUUCCAGGUCAACAAUGGCCUGCAACUCAUGCCUAGAGAUUCCUCCUCCCUGUAGACCAGCAUCCUGAGACCAGAUGUACUUUAUUUUCAUUUUAGUUCGCCCUGCCAUUCCAACAUUCACUCCUCCCUGGUUUAAAAACCACGGCAUUACUAUAACCACACCAGCUUUUUAGCUCUUCGCUGCUCUGAAUGUAUUUAGUGUUAGUCCAGACUCACAGAGAGGUUCUUAUGCAGAUGUUAUAGCAGAGUAUCAGAGGCAAAGUGAUGGAGUGAUAACGCUGAUUAUUUCUUUUAUGUCAAUCAUUACAGGUAACACAGGGCUGUCUUAUUUUUGGUUUAGGGGAUUUUACAUGACAUUUUCUGUAUAAUUUUCAGACUUUUUCUUGGUUAAUUGGUUGUCUGUAUAAAACAAGUUUUAUAUUAUGUUUUCUACUGGACAUGCUGUACUUUUAGACAAUGUGAUUUUGAAAGCGUCUGAUUGUACUCGUGCUGUACAGCUGUGACUUUCUUUCAGGACUGUUCGUAAUUUAGGCAUGACUGGGUUUAACAAGAAUCAAUCCAGGACAAUAGUUUUAAUGAAGCAAAUGUACGCUGUUUGUAGAAGCUUAUGAUUAUUAGAUACAGUGCCCAAUUUAGAAAACCUUCGGCAGUAUUUAAUGUCCAGAUUUGAACUGCAUGGGCCCUUUGAUCUGCUUAGUUGAGCCAACCAUUUUACUCUUGCUUAUGAGGAAAAAGUUUAGCUAUCUAAUUAUAUAUUUAAUAUCAUAUAGCCCAUUUAGUUUUAAAAACUACAGGAUACUUUUGCACAUAUUACCUUACUGGGAGUUGAGGGUCUUUUUUUUUUUUACGUUUUAAGUUACUUGAACCUACUGUAUCUUUUCUGUGGCACUUUGAAUCAGAUUCCUGUAGAUAAGCUGUUGGACCAGGCUCUUGACAUCUUUUGUUUUUAAUAUCACACCAACUUCUUUGUCGGUGUAGCUACAACGGAGUUGCAGCUAAUGGUGAGGUGAAAUUCUGCUCUCAACCACAUUUCACUAGCAGUCAGGAGCCUACCAACAAACAGAAUAUAUGUCACUGAAUGUGUCUUUAUUUUAAAACUUUUGCACAUGUAAUGUGUUUAGUCUGUUUUUACUUCAUGUUAGAUUAUAUUUGUUUCACUUGCAUCUCUUUUUUUACUAAUAAAGCCAUUUAAAAGAUACUGUAAAUC